AUGGCUGCGAGUGCGCCAGAGACUUCAAAGAGGAAGAGAGGAGGUGCUGAUGGGACCAGUCCUGUCGAGCAUGGUCCAAGAGCUAAGAGACGACGUGAAGCGACAGGGAUAUCAAUCACGAUACCGGGACACAAACAACGCAAAUCUCCAACACCAACUCAAGACGCGCCUAAUUCAGACCACGCUACCUCAAACCAAGAUGUAAAUGGUACAUCUCAAUCACCCGAUGCCGCCACCCAAAUCAAAGAACACGGUAUGCAGAUAUGGAAUGCUGUGAGGGCUGCACGUUCCAAUGAAGGGCACGAAAUAGCAUACGACUUUCUCAAACUUCCACCCAAGCGAACAUACCCUGACUAUUAUAGGAUCAUAAAGAAACCCAUAGCUCUCGACGAAAUAAAGUCAAGAAUCGAGAAGGACUCGUAUUCUUCGCUCAAGGCAAUCAAAGCUGAUUUCGACCUCUGCUUCCGAAAUGCCACACACUAUAAUCUGGAGCAGUCCCCCAUUUGGGUCGCUGCUCGCGUUAUGCAGAACAUUGCAUCACAAGAAUAUAAGGCCUUAACUAAUGUCGAAGACACAGAAGAUGAGGAAGUUGACGUUGGUGAUCCAGAGGACUCGGAAAUAGGCGAUGAGGAUACAGCUGACGACCAUGCAAAAAGGCAUCGCCAACAAGAUUUGUCACGAUUGCUAAGAUUGAAACUUAAGAAGCUAAUUAAACGCUCUCCUAAAAGCCCCGAAGGCAUUCCUCUAGUCACUCCCUUCAAUGUUCUGCCAAAUAAAAAAGAGUGGCCCGAUUACUAUAAACAGAUCGAGAAACCUAUUGCUUUAGAUAAUAUCUUCAAAAAGCUCAAGAAGAAAGCAUACGCGAAUUCUAGCGAGUUUGCCGCGGAUGUCGAGUUGCUGUUUGACAAUGCCUUGAAAUUUAACGAGGAUAAUUCGCCCGUCUGGCUUGCAGCAAAAACCCUCCGGCCUAUCUUCCGCGAAAUCCUUACCGAAUUACCCCCUGAGUACGCUAUUCCAAACCAACCCCCAGCUGCGCCUUCUGCAACCAAGAUCAGACUGAAGAUGGGGAAUCGCAAGCCUGAACCUGGCUCCACCUCCCAGGCGCUUGCCAAGGAACAAGUCUCAGUCCCUGCAAAACCGACAGCAGCAUCUCCAGGGUCAUCGAAGUCACCUGCAGCAGCAGCCAAAUCGAGUGCAAUCCCUUCUGUGCCAGCUACCCCAACCCCAGCCGCCACAACAUCGACACCUAAACAAGUCAACGGUCCUCAGCAGUCGGCAUAUUAUCGAUACCCUGCUCCCACCACAGCGGGCGGUGCCGCCCAGCAGCCUCCACCCACAACCCCUCGUCCGGCAACGCAGGCUACAUCAGCACCAGCAGGCGUGGCACCUGCACCUUCAACUAUACCAGCUUCUGCACCUCCCUUGCCUCCGCCCACUCGAGUGCCUCCCAUACCACCACCUGUCUCAACAGUCCCUGUAACGCCCCGCUCCCCAACCCCGGAUGCGAUUGUAACGACGACUAUCCGCACUGUGACUGUGGUCGCGUUGCCCUCAAAGCGGAAGCUCGCAUUGCGGAACGAAGGGCUAGGCAUUCGCCAUUGGUCUAUCCGGCUAGGAUCCAAUGAAUCCUCGGUACAACUUGCUGUCGAGGCUGAAAAAGAACGACCUUUCGACCUUUCAUCCCAGAAUCAGUCUGAAUUGGAAAACAAAGCCACAUCCGUCGAGAUCGAGGAUCCUGACAUUGCGGGUGCCAGGGUCCGCUUUCCUGCCGAGGUCAAGUGCAAUGGGUUAGUAGUAAUGCCUCUGCCGUCAUCCUCCAGCACUUCCUCGAGAUGGUCAAGAACUCCCGAUGAUAUGGUAAUCGAUGACGAUGUUUUAGAAGGCAACGGAGACGUUAAAGUGAAUGGUCAUGAUGGGACCGACCCUGGCGGACAGUCUGCUUCUGAUACUGAAGACCCACCAAGUGCCCCGAGGGCCACUCGAUCGGGUCAAGUGCCAGUCCAGCGAAACGGGAGACUGAAGAAAAGACGUCGAUACAGGAAAGGACAAUCGAAAACGGCUGUGCUAGACCUGGGACGUUGGGACGUGAGUGCUCUCGCCUUGGGACCCAAUGUACUCGACUUACACAUGGGAGGCAAGGAAGGGGAGCGGUGGAGAAUAUUCAUCGAUCGGACAUACUAA